CGCGCAAGGCACAGUUAGACAUUUUUCCCAAAAUCAAACGAAAGACACUACUGGGCAACAACCGUGGGAAUCCGUUUUCCCACAGAUCAUUCUCUCUGCCUUUUUCUACGUUUUGUAUUGUGUAUCCUAUAUUUACCAGUUCAUUUUGUUGGCCAUGGGUGGAUUAUAUCUGAAACACGUCGUGGUGGCAGCGGUGUACUCCGUGCUGGCCACAGGGACGCUGGGGUCCCCGGUGAUGGGGCCAGAGCCGAUCCGAUGUGCCCCCUGCACUCCCGAGAAGCUGAGCCAGUGUCCAGCGGUUGCGCCCGGAUGCGCCGAAGUGCUGCGGGAGCCGGGCUGUGGAUGCUGUCUCGCCUGCGCCCUGAAGGCUGGAGAGCUUUGCGGGAUCUACACUGCACCGUGCGGCUCCGGUCUGAGGUGCACCCCGAGACCCGGCGACCUCCGGCCGCUGCACUCCCUAACCCGGGGACAAGCGGUGUGCUCGGAAAGCAGUGAGCCAGAGCAGACCCCGGAACCCCAAACCCAAGAUCAGGGAGAGCCAGAGGCUGGGAUGGAGAACACAGCCACCGUCUCGGACCCCGGCUCCAGUCACUACCUCCCCGGCCACAGUAAGCCCUUCGACCCGAGGGCCGCCGCCGACGCUCAGGAGAGCAUGAAAGCCAAACUCACCACCAUCCGCAAGAAAAUGGUCGAGCAGGGACCCUGUCACAUUGAGCUCCAGAGAGCCUUGGAAAAGAUUGCCAAAUCCCAACAGAAACUAGGAGACAAGCUCACUCGAUUCUACCUCCCCAACUGUGACAAACAUGGGCUUUACAAAGCCAAGCAGUGUGAGUCCUCUCUGGAUGGACAGAGGGGUCGAUGCUGGUGUGUGUCCACCUGGAAUGGCAAGAGGAUCUUGGGUUCAACUGACCUGCCUGGGGAUGCCGAGUGCCCUUAACAAAUCAACCACUGGAGCAGAUCU